CAUGAUCGAUCAAGCUCCAAAAAACCUAUUUGGAUCUUCAAAAGUUGCAGAAUGGAUAGAUGAAAAUUCAAAGUGUGAUGAAAAUACAGGAAGAAUUCAUUAUCAGAGCGUGUCAAUUGAUGGAGUCAUCUACAGAGUUAAAGACUAUGUUUUCAUUGAUAAUGCUGACAUGCCCGAUAAUGUAGAUAAAGCAUUUAUCGGAAGAAUUUCGGAUUUGUUUGAUAAUGGUGACAAACUCGAAAACAAGCGAGCCGUAAUUCAAUGGUAUUGGCGACGUCAUGAAUUAUCCAAAGCGAUGCAGAAGAAAGUUCCAUCUCAUAAUGAGAUUUUAAUGAAUCAUUAUAGGGUUUUAGAUAAUGAUGUUGAUGUUGAAACUAUUCUUUCUAAAUGUCAGGUUCGAGAAUUAAAUUCAACUAAUAAUGUAGACAAUAUCGAUAGUGACCAAUUCUUUGUUUGUCGAUCGUAUGAUAUGAAAGAAAUUAAGCCACUCCUUCCAGGAUCUUAUUUGAAACCGCUCUCACCAAGAAAGAGAAAACGAACUUCCACUGAGGAGACGGUAAUUAAAUCUCCAAGAAAGCGGCCACGCGUUGCUCGAAUUCUUGCGGAACGUCAAUUAGAGCAAUAUUACGACUCGCAGACAGCUGCCGAUAUGGCUAUCAAAGAGGCAGCCAAAUUCGACAAAGUACCUCCGUUGAAGAUCAGACUUAGCGAUUUAAGCGUAAAUAUCUGUCAAGAUGAAGUAGUAAAAAGAACACCUUGUAAACGGGUUAGAAGAAGACUUGUUGCUGAUGAAAGAAGAUGCUUAUCGACAGGAAAGAAAGUUGCAAGGAGUGACUCGUUAAGAACGCCAGUUAAAGGACGCAGAAUUUUAGAACCAGAUGAAGACAUUACUCCUACACGUCCUAUUAAAAUGGAAGAACAAAUUAGAGAAUUAAGAAAAACCCCAAGUAGAUCAGUCAAGAAAACUAAAAAAGGAUCUGAUGAUGAAGAGGAUAAGGAUUUUGCAAUAACUCCUAAAAUUCAAAAGAGAAUUUCCGAAAGAAACUGUCUGUCAACCAGCAAGAAAACAUCUUUCCGACGUCGUAUAGAGAAGAAUGAUGAUAAAAAGGUCAGCUCCAAAGUAAGAAAGACUUUAUAUAAGGAAGAUGAAGACAGCGAUGGUUGGGAUAGCUCUCCAAACUCAAAGAUUAAGACACCGGGAAGACGAAAGAGAGUAGAUAAAGAGCUAAAAGCCAAAAGGUGUUCAUUUGGGUCUUUGGCAGAAACAAGCCCUCUGCCUGGAAGAGAGACAGAAUUCGAUGAUCUUAUAGCUUGGAUUGAAUCGCACAUAACCAGUUCUUCAGGGGGAGGCUGUAUGUACAUCUCCGGAGUUCCUGGAACUGGUAAAACUGCUACUUUAGAAAGAGUUAUUGCUAAUUUGAAAGCUGACAAAGAUCUUCCAAAGUUUGACUUGGUGCAUAUAAAUGCCCUAAAAUUGACAGAGCCUCACCAGACCUAUGUAGCUAUAUGGGAGCAAUUGGGAGGCAAAAAGACAACUUGGAAGAAAGCCAAAUCUGCUUUGGACAGUAGAUGGAAUAUAUCCAACCCUCGAAGAUUUCCAACGGUUUUAAUUGUUGACGAACUUGAUGUGCUCUGCAACCGAAAACAAGAUGUUGUAUAUAGUUUAUUUGAUUGGCCAACGUGGAGAUUCGCCAAAUUAGUCGUUGUUGCUGUUGCUAAUGCCAUGGAUUUACCCGAGCAGGUGCUUUGUGCCAGAGUAUCGUCUAGAUUAGGCCUGACUAGAACGACUUUUGAACCGUACAAUUUCCGACAACUCAAAACCAUUGUUGAAAGAAACUUGAAGGAUGUUAGAAAUUUUGAUGAAGAGGCUAUUCAGUUGGCCGCAAGAAAGGUGGCGUCACUCUCAGGAGAUGCAAGAAGAGUUUUGCACGUUUGUAAAUACGCUAGCUCUUUGGCUAAUGGUCAAAGAGUGACUUUAGGCGAUGUUGAAAGAGCUUUUGAAGAUAUUCUAUCGUCUCCAGUCGUUUCAGCCAUAAGACAUCUCCCACUUCAUCAACGUUAUAUUAUGCAAGCAAUAAUAUCCGAAAUGAAACGAACUGGUAUAGACGAAGUUCAAUCGGAAAGAGUGAAGAGUACCUAUGAAACAUUAAGCAGAAUGGAUGGCGUAAAGAUCGCUGGUUUGGAUGGUCUAGUUAAGAUGAUAUCGAGUCUCUAUAGCGUAGGCUUUAUCGAAAUGCAUCCAAAAUCUGCCCCAAGAUAUUUUAUGAACACGAAAAUUCGUCUUCAAAUUAGCCCUGACGACGUCUCCUACGCUUUAGCGUCACUACAGAUCUAA